UUUGGUGUUCAUGUUACGUUCCCUUGUUUAAGUAAAAAAAAAACCUGGCGGUACAACCAUACCGACUGCUGUCGUUCCUGCGCCCCUGCUGCCCGGCCCGGCGGAGACACAGGCUGAGGGAGCUGGAGGCCGAGCUGAGGGCCGAGCGGCUGGCGACGGAGAGACUGCGGGCCAGGCAGGGUUGGGACAGAAAGGGUCUGCUGGAGGAAGUGGACCAUCAGAUAAGGAUGAGGAUGCUCUCCGAGUCAGUGAGGAAGAGGCACCUGCUGACCUCUGCGUGGAAGGAGCACCUCUGCGAGACCCAGUUCCAGCAGUACCAGGAGAACGUGACGUCCACGACCGAGGAGACGGAGAGAGCCAGACGCAACCUGCAGGACGUGCGGAGCCUCCGACUGAUGGAGAAAGAGCAACACAGACUGGAGGAGAAAAGUAUGAAAGUGUGCUGGGAGGAGGAGAGAAGCACCAUGAGGCAGGAGAACGAGGAGCUUAUGAGAAGAGUCGGAGAACUAGAGGAGCUCCGACAAAAAGACAGAGAGCAGCAAACACUGCUAGAAAAACGACUCCUGCUAGCUGUGGAGAAAGCCGAAGAGCUAGCGGCCGCGCGAACGGAGGGAGAGGAGCAAAGAUCGGACGCAUAGGGUGAACUGGGAUCGUGCAAACUGGGAGAAAAAGAACUUCAAAAAAUCGAACAACAAAAGAAAGAAAGAAAGAAAUACACCUCAUCAUCUCACAGGAAGAAGGUACCGGGUGGCCUGGGAAUUGAACCCAGCUAAAUUUCAGCAGCUUAACCCUUAGAUGCAUGAGUGACUGGACCCUACACUCUUCCAUAAGUGGGUCAAAAAUGACCCGUGGUACAAUCAAUGUGUUUUUAUGCCACAUUUGUCAUUUUGGUUAAAAAUGAUCAUUUAUAUUAUAUUUAGUAAUAUAU